AUGUCUCUGCAUAUGCUCCUCGGAAGCUUGGACAGGAAUGUCGGUUUAGUGGUUGUUGGGCCUGAAGUUCCUCUUGUUGCGGGUCUCGCCAACGACCUGGUUAAGGCCGGUACCCUCACCUUUGGCCCUUCUUCUCAAGCUGCUGCUUUGGAAGGUUCCAAGAACUUUAUGAAGGAUCUUUGCCACAAGUACAACAUCCCUACUGCUAAGGUUUUCGUCGCUCCCUCUUUUUUCAUUUUUGCGUAUUCCUCAUUGUUACCAAUUUCCUUCCUUGAUGUGUUAGGCAUUCCUAAAACAUUUUCUGAUGCAUCCGCUGCGAAAGAAUACACAAGGUGUACCGAUCGUGUAAAAGCAGACGGAUUAGCAGCAGGAAAAGGAGUCACUGUUGCGUUGAAACUAGAGGAGGCUUUUGAAGCUGUUGAUUCGAUGCUGGUCAAAGGUGUGUUUGAUUCUGCAGGAUGUCAGGUGAUCGUGGAGGAGUUUCUAGAGGGAGAAGAAGCUUCCUUUUUCGCGCUUGUGGAUGGAGAAAACGCCAUUCCCUUAGAAUCUGCUCAGGACCACAAGCGAGUUGGAGAUGGAGAUACCGGUCCUAACACAGGCGGAAUGGGAGCGUAUUCUCCUGCACCGGUCUUGACCAAGGAGUUGCAGGAUGUGGUAAUGGACACUAUGUUGCCAGAAACAAAUGGCUACAAAAGAGUGAGUGAUGAGAAAGCAUUUUGUUGUAAUCUUGUUCUAAACGAAGAAACCAAAACAUCAAACACUCAACUCAAAUCUGUUAAGAGAUAA